ACCGCUCAUUAUUCAACGUUUAUCGUAUCGUUUGUUAUCUUCUCUGACUUCUGUAUCGUUGUACUGCAUUCCUGUAUCGCUGUUCUCGUCAAUUCUUGGACUCUGUCGUACGUCUAUGUUACCGCUUGACCUCACUCUUCGCUCCUUAAUCCUACAACUCUCCGGAUCUCUGGUUCUAAUGGUGAAUAUGUAUGCGUGUUCUGUCGUCUUACUCGCAUUCGUGAGGGGAUUGCAUUCUGUUCUCGUAUCAAACGCUCAGACUUCACUGAGGGGAGAAAUGAUUGGCGCAUAUUCGCGCCUCUAGUCCGACAAUAGCGAAGUAGACAACUAAUCGA